CAAAAUUCAACAACGCAUCAUGGAAGACGACGAACUUCAGCAGAUUCGCGCUCGCCGCAUGGCAGAACUUAGAGCUCAGUCCGGAGGCUCAGGAAGCAGCACGGGUGGUCUCCCUGCUGGCUUGAGCGGCGGCAAGGACGAUGAUGAUGAAAAGAGCAAGAAGAGUCAGAUGGAAGAGAUGCGCCGUACAAUGUUGAUCCAAAUCCUGGAUGGAGAGGCCCGUGAACGCUUGUCCCGAAUUGCUAUCGUCAAGCCAGACAAAGCCAGAGCCGUUGAAGAUUUGUUGAUCCGCAUGGCGCAGGGUGGCCAGGUCCGAUCCAAGAUCACAGAGACUCAAUUGAUCGAACUCUUGGAGCAGGUUAAUCAACAGACGAAAUCAGAGACCAAAAUCGUGUACAACCGUCGACGCUACGAUGAUUCGGACGAUGAUGACUAUGGCCUAUGAGUGUUUGAUCUGAUAGAGUGUAGACGUACAAAUGUUGCAAGCAUAUAAAAGAAUACAU